AUAAAUUAAAUCUACUUGGGUAAAAAGGUGUUGCAAAUCUUUUAUUCGCUUGGCGUGACAAAUUUGAACUGAGAAAGCUAUUUAUUGUAAAUCUCUCCCAUUUUGGUGUGUUUGUCUUUUCUUUUUGUUUCUCUAAAGUAAACUGACUCGUACGGAGAAAAGCUGAAUCAUUGUUGAAAAUAUUAAGAAAUAUUAACAUUUAGUUGUUCGGUCUCCUUUACAGCUCACAGAUAUCAUUUUCACACCACAAGAAAUGAAACAAAACCAAAAAAUUAAAGAAUAAAACCAGGAUUGAUAUUGCAAUAUAAUUACAUUUAGUUCAGCUGCAAGGGUCACUCUCUUCAGCCUCCAUUUAACAAGUUUCAUUAAAAUCAUACCCUUAAUCCAAUUUUAAAAUUACACUCUGAAGUCAACAGAAUACCUUAAGCAAUGUACUUUGUUUUCUAUUAGAAAUUUGACUUAUUAAGCGUGGAGUUGUCCGAAGUAAUUUACAGCACGCGAACCCGUGCUACCAACGUGCAGGCAAUGCUUGGUUCCAAAACGACGUUUGUUUAAAGAAGUUUGCUGGACGAAAAUUUUAAUCACAAUUGAGCUCACUUUGUUGCUAAUCUUUAUAAUCAAGUUGGCUUUCAAUUUCCUCUCUUUACCAAAUAAGUCACAAAUCAGUUGCGACGAGUUCAUUAACAUGGGACAAUCCGCGAUGGGAGAACCAAUAGGACAACAGAAGUCAACUCAAGCCUGUGUAUAAAAAAACAGGAGGCGUUCAGCUGAUAUGUGUAAUUACUGUAACAUUUGUUCUCCCAGGUUGAUUGAAAUAAAUUUGAUAGCCAGCUUGAAGCAGCCUUCAAACUCAGUCAAGGGCUCGCAAGGUCAACACAUCGAGCAGCCAAAAUUUCUGCAGUUUGCACGAUCGCCAACGAGGAGCAUAACAGAACAAAAUCAAGCGAACAACUGUACCCUAAGGUUUUGGGCUCUUAUCACAUCAUGCCGAAAUCUUUCCUUGUUCGAGUCCGUAAGGGACACGCGGAUGUCACUGAAAGCGCGCCUCCAGAGUUAGUUCCUGAAGAAAGCCACUUGCCCUUUCUUAUUCAAGAGUCAAAGAAACAUUGGGUGACAGAACGCAGUGCCUCAGUGAUUUUAAACGAGCCCAGUUUUAAAAGCAAUAAUCUUCCAGAACGAAAACCUUCUACAAAAGACAUGAAAACAACUUUCAGCAAGAAAGAUGAACAUUUCGAAAAGACCAUGAAAGCGCAGCAUGAAAACGAGCUGGAGCAAAGCAACUCUCUUGACACGUUCACGUGCAACACCUGUCAGAAAAUAUUCUGCACACCACACGGCUUGGAGGUACACGUGAGGCGCUCACACGCGGGUAGCCGCCCGUACGGCUGCGCCACGUGCGGAAAGACAUUCAGUCAUUACGUCAGCCUUGCACAACACAGGAAGACGCACACUACUGUUAAGAUAUUCGAGUGCAAGACUUGUGGUAAACAUUUCAAGCGUUCCUCGACCCUGUCCACGCAUAUGCUGAUUCACGCCGACAUCAGGCCAUUUUCUUGCGAUUAUUGCGGCAAACGAUUUCACCAGAAGUCGGACAUGAAGAAACACAUGCUCGUGCACACAGGAGAGAAGCCCCACAAGUGUCGCCAGUGUGGAAAGUGUUUUAGUCAGUCUUCCAAUCUCAUCACUCACAGCCGUAAACACCUGGGAUUCAAACCGUUUGCCUGUCAGACAUGUGGUAGAGCAUUCUACCGCAAAGUAGACUUAAGGAGGCACAGUCACGUUCACCGGAUCAGUUGUCAUAGCAACCGUAAGGCGUACGGAGAGUUUUGUUUUGAUCCGACGGUACUCAUGUCCACGUCACCAAAUUAACAAUACUCCUUAGAUACAUGCAACGAGUCGCUGACACUGCCCCAAUGCUCGAGCUACCCUGCUCGUCGUUGGAGAAGUGAGCCCCUUGGUGUAAAAUUGUAUACGACUUCCCUUGUCCUCUCCACUCACUUCUCUCCCUUUUUGCCCAUCCCAGGCGCGCUCGCUCGCUCGCUCGCUGGAAAAUGGAAAGGAAACGUCUGCUAAACAGGCUAUCUCAAACAUAGUUUGAGUUGCCACCAUUUUCGUAAGCCAAGGUUUUAAAACAUGGUUCAAAAUCCAACGACAUUUUUGUGUCGUGUACGGCAGGCGCAAGCGAAUUGAAGUUUUGAUUUACACGAAACAAUCUGUAUUGUAGACUUGUCGUAAGCCUGUCGCGUGAGACAAUCAGCCCUAGCAACUUUGCAAGUUGGAAGAAGGGUUCAAGAGAUACGAAGAAUUAAAUUUCUCAACAAUGUAACUAAGCUAAGACCUAGUCGCAUUCUGAUAAGAAUGUAACACGUUAUAUUAUGAAAUAGUCGCAUGAGCAAAAAGUACAUAAACAAUUGUAGCAAAUUCCGCUUAUUUUGAAAACUUUGAACAAAAAUUUCGACAAAGACAGAGAGAAAUUUAAUCUCUGCAGAGUGCACAGUUUCUGACAACAACUAGAGUAGUUACCAAUAAAUAUUUGCUUAUCUGAGAAGCGCUUAACUAUUUGAAAGCGUGUACCAAUUAUGUUCCAGAUAACUUGUAUAACUAAUAAAAGCAUAAAUCUAAAACUUGUUUAUUUUACUUCGGAAAUUAGUGGCCAACUGUGUCCGGUUGUACCCCAUCCUUAUGAAAUAUGCCUCACCAGAACAAUAUUCUCUUUGAGUGCCUCUUAUGGUAAGAAAACACACUCUGCUGAGGGAGGAUUUUGUGAUUGAAAGUAAAUAAAAAGCAAUAGCGACAUGAGAGAACGAGUCACUCAAUAUUCCCUCGAUAUCGUGGCAUAAGAGCGGAAGAUGUGCUGACAUUGUCUAAACUUUCGCAACAUUAAUCAUUAGAGCCCACUGACAAUAUCCGACCGUCACGUGAUUUAUUGUCACCCAGUCCUAUAAUACGUGCGUUGAUGAAAAUGCAAAAAGAUUUUUUUUCAGAAACAUUGUGACAUAAUUUCGAAUAUAAUUCUGAACGUUUAUUUUAACAACUGAAGCAACCUGGCUGAACUGAUUUUUUUACUAUGUAUACGUAACUAGGAAUUUAGGACUGGCGGGGUUUGAGUCCACGUACCCAGCUUUUCGUAAUGAGCUUUCAGCGGGGCAAAUAUACCACAAACAGAGUUAAUAACAAGCUUAUUGUACAGUUUGUUCGGUAUGUGUACACAUCCUGGCCAGGCUAAGAACUUCAUAAACAGAAGCCAGUCGAUAAAACCGUGUUGACCCAACUACAGUGCUAACUCAAACGACUAAGGUUUACAAUCUCUGUUCAGUCGACCUGCUGCCUUAAAUGUCCGCCCUGGCGCACUCGCACGCGCCCAUCAUUCAGAUUUCUCCACCUGUUCAGCGGAUGGUUAAAUCAAGGGAUGUGACUUGAAUCCGAUUAUGUAAUAUAAUUCAACAGUUCUAGUUCAAAUUUAUUUAACAAACUACGUGACAACAUCCGCAUCAGGUGGGCACAGAGACUGGCUCGUGAAAUUCAUUUUGAUUGAGAUAAACACGCGUAAAAGUUAGUUAUCAAUUACUGGGUAUCGCAUCCGCGUAUUAAAGAAUAAAAAUAAACAUUCUAUCAUUUAACGGAAAAUUGUCAAUGUUGUUUCGUUAAAUCCUAAACAGAUGACCGAAGGAGCAAUAUAAUAACAUGAUCAAACAUGAAAAUAGUUUCUUCGGUUUCACUGGCGUCACUCACUAGAAACAGACUCUAAUAAUCUUUAGCUAUUAAAUCUUU